UGUAGAGAUGGUGGGAGCAGGAGGAUCGCAGUGAAUGUGUGGACUGUACCGGGGGGUUUUGUACCGCUGGGCAGGCGGGCUCUCCAUGAGGGAGAGGUGUGAGCACCACAGUAUGGACAAACAGAUGGCUCGUUGCAAGAUAGUGGUAGUUGGGGACACCCAAUGUGGGAAAACUGCUCUUCUGCACGUCUUUGCUAAGGAUUGUUACCCUGAGAAUUAUGUCCCCACUGUGUUUGAGAACUACACGGCCAGCUUUGAGAUUGACAAGCAGAGAAUUGAGCUGAAUAUGUGGGACACAUCUGGUUCAGCAUAUUAUGACAACGUGCGCCCCCUUGCAUACCCAGAAUCUGAUGCUGUACUCAUUUGUUUUGAUAUCAGCCGUCCAGAAACAUUAGACAGUGUAUUGAAAAAGUGGCAAGGAGAGACUCAAGAGUUCUGUCCCAGUGCUAAGGUGAUCCUUGUGGGCUGUAAACUGGACAUGAGGACAGACCUAAACACCUUACGGGAGCUGUCUAAGCAGAGGCUUAUACCAGUUACACAUGAGCAAGGUAGUACCCAGGCGCGGCAAAUUGGUGCAGUGGCAUAUGUGGAAUGCUCCUCCAAGGUGUCUGAAAACAGUGUUCGGGAUGUCUUUCAUGUCACGACCCUUGCAUCCAUCAAUCGCAUUUCCAAAAACCUUAAGCGCAGCAACUCCAAGAGGGGACUAAAGCGAGUGUCACAGCUCCCUGGACGGACUGAUCUGUUAAACGAGACAGAGAUUCGCAAGGACCGGGCCAAGAGCUGCUCUAUUAUGUGAUAUACACCUGCUGGCUGUAAAUAAACUGUGUGUAGAAGAGCCACUUUGUACAGUUAAACUGGCUUCCCAUACACAAAGAUGGAAGCAAUACUAAUGACGUAUAUCCGAGGCUUAACUUCAGUUUGUAGGCCUCAUCUGCAAACAGCAGGAGGCGCACUAAUGUGACUGUUUCAGGCAAAAAAAUGAUUAUUCUGAAGCCUGAGAUGAAGAUUAAAAAAAGAUAACAUGUAUUGAGUAUGCUUUUGUCCUGCUGAUCCCGUCCUUUUAAAUGUAUUUAUAUGCGCACAGAGCUCUUGCCAUUGUACAAAGUUAAGAGGAGGCGUUGUGUAUAACCUAUGUAACGUGUGUAUAUAUGUAUGUAUGUUUAUAUGUAUAUAUACACACAAAUAUGAUACACAUUGUGUUACUGAGAGGUGUGGGAGGUUGUGUUAGUAUGAAAAUUAAAGCAUUGUUGUAAUCCAAAACAAA